AUGACGUUAGACGAUGACCCGGUCCAGAUAUGGCGCCCUUACCUGCAGCAACUGCCCGCUCACCACGACCCUUCCUCCUUCAUUCUCGCCAACCUUGAGGACCAAGUUCUAAACGGAGUCCCACGGGUAUUGACACGCAGAAAUGAAACGCUCGUCCGAGUAACGGAUGUCUACGAUGGUGGGUACAAUCAAAGCCCUUCUGUGGCAGCAUACGAACUCACGCCCAAAUCUCGCAAGAUCAUCGUGCAACAAAACUCCAUACGAACUCGAAAUCCCUUCAAGACUUUCUCACAAACGAUUCCGCUAUACCAAAUGGAUUGA